AUGAUCGAAGCAUCAACGUCACGCAAACCUGUUCUUUGCAAGAUAUGCUUCUUGUGGGGUUCGGAGCAUAGUAGUCCGAGCGCAAGUCAUGUUCGAUCCCCAGUUUUAACAUAUGAAUCAAGUAAUUCUCUCCAUGCGGGGAAAAUUUCAGACAGAACUGCAUUGCAUUGCAUACCAGUGGAGCACAUUUGGUGUUGCUGUAUGGUCGGAUCAUUGUGA